AUGACGGAGCAGACGCUCAACAUACCGCAACUCAUCGUCUUCAUAAUCAUCACAUUCCUCGCCGCGCGAUGGUACUUCAGCAAGCCCACGGGCAGCGGCACACGGCCGGCGGGGCAGAACCGCGCCGCACCGAGAGUAAACCCCGCCCAGAUCGAUCAGGUUGCGCAGAUGUUCCCGCAGCUGGAUCGACGGACAAUAGCAUGGGAUCUGCAGAGAAAUGGCGGGAAUGUUACUGCGACCACGGAAAAGGUGCUCAGCGGACGGGCACUUGAAAAUCCUCCCGCGUCUUUCAAUCCUCCGCUACCGCGCUCCAACACCCCAUCACGGACCGCGACACCAUCCGCGAAGCCCUCACAACCCGAUCUGAUAACGCGCUACAACCUGUCGUCGAAAGUCGGAAAGUCCACUGAGCCCGCAUCAGAAGAGCCGCCGAAGCCGAAGGCGUGGUCACAAGACAGGAACGAGAGGCAGGCAAAUCUACAAAGGAGGAGGGAAGAGAUGAUCCUAGCGGCACGCAGGAAGUUGGAAGAGAAGGAACGGGCGAAAGCUUCGAAGGCGGUAUCAUGA